CACCACCUCCUCAGCAAAACCCUUUGCUCCCUCCAAAACCUCCUCCAACCACAGUUGCAGUCAGUAACUUUUACAGUCAUGGCCACUACCUCAAAUCAGAAUGUGGAGUUUGUGAGAACAGGCUAUGGGAAGAAUACGGUUAAAGUUUUUCACAUUCGCCGUGAAGGGAUUCAUCACCAUAUUACUGAGCUGAUUGCAGAUGUUCAGUUAACCCUGAAGACGCGCAAAGACUACUUGACAGGAGACAACUCUGAUAUCAUCCCCACUGACACCAUCAAAAACACCGUCCACGCUCUCGCCAAACUAAAAGGAAUUAAGACCAUUGAGGGCUUUGCCCUGGAUAUCUGCGAACAUUUCGUAACAGCGUUCAAUCAUGUCACAAGAGUGAGGGUCAACAUUGAUGAAGUUCCCUGGAAAAGGCUGGAAAAGAAUGGAGUCGAGCACACACAUGCUUUCAUCCAUUGUCCAGAGGCCUGGCACUUCUGUGAGGUAGAACAACAUUUGAGUAUGACUCCAGUGGUUCACAGCGGUAUAAAAGAUAUGAAGGUACUGAAGACUACUCGGUCUGGAUUUGAAGGCUUCCUACGGGACCGUUUCACCACUCUGACAGAUGCGAAGGACAGAUUCUUCUGCACUUCUGUUUAUGCAAGAUGGCGCUACAACACUCAUGUGAAUGUGGCAUUUGAUGCUGCAUGGAAAACUGUUAAGGACACCAUCAUUCAGACAUUUGCAGGACCCUACGAUCGUGGGGAAUACUCUCCUUCUGUUCAGAAAACUCUGUAUGAAACACAAAUUCUGGUGCUUGACAGAAUUCCGCAGGUUGAAGAAAUUGAGAUAAUUAUGCCGAAUCAGCAUUACUUUGUCAUUGAUAUGACAAAGAUUGGACUCUCAAACAAGGAUGAGGUUUAUCUUCCCCUUGAUAAUCCAUCAGGAAACAUCACAGGCACUGUACGCAGAAAACCACGAGCCAAAAUGUAAAGAAAAAUAAAUACAACAUUCACAAACCAGACAUCUUAUAAAUAAACCCUGUAAAAGCAA